AUGUUCCUGCGGCUGCUGCAGCAGCACCCCGUGCAGCAGCAGCAGCAGCAGCAGCAGCAGCAGCAGCAGCAGCAGCACGCGGGAGAGGGAGCCCCUGCUGCUGCCCCGUUGCUGCUGUGCUGUUAUGCCUCACAGACAAUUCCUCCUACAUUCUGUUGCUGUGCUUGCUGCAAGCCGCCUUGUCUGUUGCUGCAGCGCAUCCAGGUGCAGCAGGAGCAGCAGCAGCAGCAGCAGCAGCAGCGGCAGCAGCAGCAGCAGCAGCAGCGGCAGCAGCAGCAAAGCUUACUGCUCCUAUCGUCUACUGGCUCCCCCCUUGUCCACCCCGGAGCAGCAGCAGCAGCAGCAGCAGCAGCAGCAGCAGCAGCGGCAGCAGCAGGAGCGGGCCUAGUUGGCAUAAGGGGCCUCCUGUGA